ACAAUCGACCUAAUCAUUGCUGAGAAUAAUAAUUUUCUCUACCCACCAGGACAUUUCUGCUUUCCUGAGUGAAAAUGGUAUUCUAUAAAGUGACAGUGUCCACUGCCGCUGUUGUCAGCGCCACCACUUUUAACAAUGUCUUCAUUAAGCUGGUGGGCACAGAUGGGGAGAGCGAACGCAAGUGGCUCAUGGGCUUCAAAGGGGCUUCAGCCUUCGUGAGCGGAGCAGUGUCUACUUUUACCGUGUCCUGCCCUGUUUCCAUUGGAAAGCUGGUUCUGAUAGAGCUAGACAAACAGCGUCUCCCACUGUUUCCCGAAGAUUCCUGGUUCCCUGCCAAGGUGGAAGUAAUAUCCCCAGAGGGAGACACCUACAACUUUCCCAUCUACCGCUGGAUCACUGACAGCGAGGUGCACCGCUUCAGAGAGGGAACAGCUCUGAGAGUCUUUGAAGACAAACAUCAUCUUGGCAGGUACAGUCGGGAGCAGGAGCUUAAGCAGCGAGAGGAACACUAUCGCUGGGAUGUGUAUGUAGAGGGAAUACCUCACAACAUAAAGGUAGAAAAUCCUCUUUCUCUGCCUUGUGAGGUCCGUUUCUCUUUCACCAAGACGACAGAGUUUGCCUUCACUGCAGCCACAGGGCUGACUGAGCUGCAACUGAAGGGCCUGGAUGAUUGCAAGGAGAACUGGACUGAUAUUGAUGACAUCAAUCGGGUGUUCUGCUGCAAACGGACUGACAUAUCAGACUAUGUCCAGAAACAUUGGAAGGAGGAUGCUUUUUUUGGCUACCAGUUUCUAAAUGGUGUCAACCCCAUGUUGAUCCGACGUUGUUCAACCCUGCCUGAUAACUUUCCUGUCACUGAUGGCAUGGUCUUCCUCUGUGGUCAGUGUAGCUUGGAGGAUGAAAUGAAGAAAGGCAACAUAUUCCUGUGUGACUACAAGCGUUUGGAUGGAGUGAAAGCAAACACCAUCAAUGGAAAGAAGCAGUACUUGAUGGCUCCUCUCGUCCUGCUCCACAAAACACCAGAUGAUCAGCUGAUGCCAAUUGCUAUUCAGGUGAGGUUAGCACUAUAG